GCCACAACAUGUGGCAACCACCAACUUCUGCAUUGUACUCUGCGGCGGCCUGUCUAGUUUCUCGGGCAGACACGGGCUAUGUCGAUUGACAUACAGAAGCGGAUCAAGGACAACGCUACAAGCGUGUCUGACUUCUUCUCGGACCUGUACAAAUGGACGGAGGAUCAGGCCAAAGAAGAGCGCCGGCGAGAAAUCCGAAAGACAGCCCAACAGCUUGGAGUGCCUGAGGCACAGAAGCUUGUGGCAGCAAAGACUGCCACACAGAAUGGACAAAGUGAUGCCACUGAGAGGACGGAACCCAUCCGCCGUGACUGUACUGCCAUGGCCCAGUAUUACAAUGAUUGGGAUCAAUAUGAUCCUGAUCAGGAAGUGCAGAAGAUAGAAGAAGAGGCUUUUCAGAAGCAACGAACAGAGAGGGAGAUGCGGCAGGCAGACCAAGAUCGGAUUCUAGAUGAAAUGGCCUUGAAGCCUGACGGAGACAGAAGCCGAACUUCAGCAGCCAAGCCCCGUGUCAAGGUGUCGGUUCGGCGCAGUGGUCGCAAAGUUGCUCCUGUGGACCUAGCUGCGCCUCGCAAAGACGAGGCCAAUCGCCUCUUCAGUGCAGGUCGCUACAGAGAGGCGAUUGCGGCAUAUACGGCUGCUUUGGAUUGUUUGGAUAAAUACGAGCCGCCGGAAGCAGGUGCACUUGACAGCAACAAGCAAGACGAUUGUGCUGGGGAAGAGCAAGAAGCAAUUGCCUUGAAGGUGGCCCUUCUGGCAAAUCGUUCUUUGGCUUGUCUGAAGCUGGAGGACUGGCGCGAAUGCUUUGUGGAUGCUUCUGAGGCUCUAAGAUUUGAGCCUUCCCAUCAUAAGGCGAUGCUGCGCCGUGGUUUUGCGCUGGCUCGCAUGAAGCGCUGGGGCCCUGCGGCAAAAGAUCUCGAGCGUGCAGCGAGCAGGGAUCCUGCAGAUAAGAAGGCAUCCGCAGAGCUUCAAAUGGUCCGCCGCAUGUUGGCAGAGCAGGCUAAGGAAGCGAGAGCUCACGCCAAAUGCGUGAUGUGUGAUCCCACAAGACACUCAACUAUGCCAAGCAGAAAGUUGGUUGUCAAAGUGAGAAGAGGCGAUCGUGCAGAGGAGGUGUCAUCGCAAGCAGCGCACGCAGCAGUCUCACUAGACACUUGCGAUUAAAAAAGCGGGAGUCUUUUGUGCGCAAAUGUUUGCCUUUUAAGUGUGGUU